UCUCGAGACGAUGGAGACCGACCUCGCCUUCGCCGACGAUGGCGUCGUCGUCUCCGAUUGCGGGGCUGCUCUUCUCGAGCGCUACGAGAACUCCAAGAGAGAGGACCACCAGCACCUCUGUGCAGUCAUCGGCGGCACCAUGCAGACGCUCAAGGACCAGGGCAUCGGCCCGACGCCGGUCGCCUACUUUGCCGCCAUUGUUGCAUCCCUUGAAAGCCUCUCCCGUGACCAGGGUUCCGCCUCCGACCCCGUGGCCGCCGGGCUCAUCGUCUUUCUCUCUGAGGUUAUCUACGCUGUGCCUAAUGCCGUUGUGAUUAGCAGGAGGGGUUUCGUGGCGGAUGCGUUGUUGAGGUUUUUCGGGUUUGGGUCACUCUCUGAAGAUGCUGUUGCCGCGGGGCUGAAGUGCUUGACUCGGUUGAUUACGGCUGAGGAGAGAGUGAGAUGGGAUAGUGUUUCGCAUAUGUAUGGUGUUCUACUUGGCUUCGUCACGGAUCCCCGGCCCAGGGUGAGGAAUGAAUCUCAUAGGCUUCUUUAUUUGAUCUUAGACCAAUUUAAAGGAUCUCCAAUUCUUGUGUUGGCUUGUGAAGUGAUUACCACCAUUUUUGAGAGAUUUCUUCUGCUUGCUGGUGGAUCCAAAUCCACAAAUUCUAAUACAGAAGAAGGUCCUAAAGGAGCCAUGGAAGUUUUGUAUAUCUUAAAUUCUUUGAAACAUUGUCUUCCUCUUAUGUCGAUGAAGUCGUCUAGCAUCAUUUUGAAGUAUUGCAAAACACUCUUGGAGCUGAGGCAAUCAAUUGUGACAAGAGCUAUAAUGGAAAUCUUGCAACAGCUGUGCCUUUCACCAAAUAUUAGGGUAGAUGCCGAAAGAUUGUCUGAAGUAUUAUGCUCGUUAGCCACAUCUGUUACUGAACAGUAUACAUCUGGAGAUGAGUUGGCGACGAUAGCACGGCUGUUGCAUGUUGGUUUUACAAAACUUUAUGAUCUAAAGAGGGAAAUAUGCAUUAUAAAGCUUCCAUUGAUUUUCAAUGCUCUUGGAGACAUCUUAGCUAGCGAGCAUGAAGAAGCAAUUUUUGCAGCUACAGAAGGGUUGAAGGGAUUAAUAAAUUAUUGUGUUGAUGAAAGUUUAGUUGUUGAGGGAGUUGAGCAGGCUAAGUUGAAAGCAGGAACAGGUGUAGGAAGGGCUGCCCCAACAGUCAUUGAAAAGUUAUGUGCCACUUUGGAUGGCUUUCUUGGUUAUCGUUAUAAUGCUGUGUGGGACAUGUGUUUUCAGGUUAUUUCAUCAGCAUUUGAUAAAAUAGGGGGAUCGUCCUUCCAUCUGAUGGUUGGGACUGUUAAAAGCUUAGCAGAUAUGCAGAACUUAUCAGAUGACGACCUUUCUUACCGAAAAGAGCUUCAUGAAUGUGUUGGAUCUGCUGUUUCUGCAAUGGGGCCUGAGGCAUUUUUAAGCCUGCAGCCACUCAAUGUUGAUGCUGAAUAUGCUUCUGAUGCUAAUGUAUGGCUACUCCCUAUUUUAAAGCAAUACAUUGUUGGAGCACAUUUAAGUUUUUUCUUGCAGUAUAUACUGGGGAAAGUUAAAGUCAUACAGCAGAGAUCACUUAAGUCUGCUGAAGAGGGGAGAAUUUUCUCUGCUAGAAGUUCAGACGGCCUUGUAUAUUCACUAUGGUCCUUGUUGCCUUCUUUUUGCAAUUAUGCUAUCGAUACGUCUAGCAGCUUCAAGUUACUUCAGAGUUCACUAUGUGCCACUCUUCGCCAGGAGCCUGAUUUGCGUGGUAUCAUAUGCUCGAGUCUGCAGAUUCUGAUCCGACAGAAUAAUGUGAAGUGUUCUGAAGAUUCCCCUACGCCCGAUGAUGAAGUAAACAAUGCUGAAAGAAAAGCAAGAGACCAUUACACACCAGUGGUUAAAGAACAAAAUUUGAAGGCCAUUAAGUCAUCCUCACCUGAGUUUCUAACAACGUUGACUGAUAUCUUGUUGACUUCUUCAAAAGAAAAUGGUGGAUUUUUGCAGGCCGCCAUCCAUGAAUUUGCUUCCAUAACUGAGCAAAAGUACAUAAAGAACUUCUUUGGCAAGAUUAUGCAAAAAUUCUUGAUGGUAACAAAGGAAUCCAUCAAAGUGAAGCAAACUCAAGACUCUGGUUCUAUGCAAAUUGACAGCUCACCAGAUGGAGCUUCACUUUUAAAUAAAAGGGCCCUUCUAUUGGAUGUGGCAGUUUCACUUCUGCCAGGUCUGGGCAAAGAAGAGAUCAAUCUAUUGUUAAUUGCAAUUAAGCCCGCAUUCCAGGAAGAAGAAGGAUUGAUUCAAAAAAAGGCCUAUAAAGUUCUUUCUAGCAUUCUCAGAGAAGUGCUUUCGACUGAGAACAAUAUGAAUGAUAAUGGUCAAGAAGCCAAAGACUUUCUUUCGGGUAACCUGGAUUCUCUGCUUGAAUUGAUGAUUGCAGCACUACCCUCCUGUCAUCUUUCAGCAAAACGUCAUAGACUUGAGGCUUUAUAUUUCUUAAUCAUAUGCAUAUGCAAGGAUUCAUCUGAACAAAGGAAGAUAGAUGUGAUCAGUGCCUUUCUUACUGAAAUAAUACUUGCUUUGAAAGAGAAUAAUAAGAAAACAAGAAAUAGGGCGUAUGAUUUGCUUGUCGAAAUUGGUCAUGCAUGUGGAGAUGAAGAAAAAGGUGGCAAACAGGAAAAUCUGCACUCCUUUUUUAAUAUGAUUGCUGGAGGCUUGGCAGGUGAAACACCACAUAUGAUCAGUGCGGCCGUCAAAGGCUUAGCCCGCUUGGCAUAUGAGUUUUCAGAUCUCAUUGGUGCAGCUUACAACUUACUUCCAUCUGCAUUUCUUCUCCUGCAAAGGAGAAACCGUGAAGUAAUCAAAGCCAAUUUAGGUUUGAUUAAGGUACUUGUUGCUAAAUCGGGGGCUGAUAAGUUGGAAAUGCAUUUGAAAGGGAUAGUUGAAGGAUUGUUUAAAUGGCAGGAUGACUCUAAGAAGCAUUUUAAAGCCAAAAUUAAGUUGCUUCUUGGAAUGCUUGUUCGGAAAUGUGGUUUGGAUGCUGUUAAAGCAGUCAUGCCUGAAGAACAUAUGAAAUUACUUACCAAUAUAAGAAAGACUAAAGAGCGAAAAGAAAGAAAAGGAAAGUCGGAAGCGGAUGCAGAGUCACUUCACUCAAAGACAACUAUGUCAAGGCAGAGUCGGUGGAAUCAUACUCGCAUUUUUUCUGAUUUUGGGGAUGAGGACGGUGAUGAUGAUGAUAGUGACGCACAAAUGGAAGCAAAAACACUAUCUGGACGAUGGAGUAAAGGUUCCUCGCGCCCUGUAUCCAAAGCCAUUUCACUUAGGUCAAAGAGAACACAUCAAGCAGCCAAAAGCUUGUCAGAAGAUAUGCUUGAACAAUCUGAUAACGAUCCGCUCGAUUUACUUGACCGACAAAGAACAAGAGCAGCUCUCCGCUCCGCAGCAGGUGCGAAAAGGAAGCCAGAAUUAUUUGACGAGCCAGAGAUAGAUACUGAAGGCCGUCUUAUUGUGCGUGAAGAUAAUGUGAGGCCGAAGAAAGAAAGAAAUCAUUCUUCCGGCAACAAUCUUGAUACAAGAAGCCAGACAAGUGGGCGCUCAUCAGCAAACUCUUUAGCAAAAUCAAAUAAAAAACGACAGAAAACAACAGAUUCGGGAUGGGCUUAUACAGGCGGUGAGUACACGAGCAAAAAAGCUAGCGGUGAUAUAAAGAAAAAGGAUAAGUUCGAACCAUACGCAUACUGGCCUCUGGAUCGAAAACUACUAAACCGAAGAGCUGAACAUAAGGCGUCAGCCCGCAAAGGCAUGGCCAGUGUGAUGAAGUUCACAAAGAGGUUUGAAGGGAAGAGUGCUUCAAGUGCAUUGGCUGUGAAAGGUAUCAAGCUUAAAAAGAAACAAAAGAAGGGAAGUAAGAAGAGCAACUGAUCUAUAUAAAGAAGACUAAUUCAAUUGAUCUUUUUGGGUUGUGGUUAUUAUUUGGUGUCAUCUAUGUAUUUAAUUUUCAUUUUCUCAGAGUGAGAAUUUUCUUGGAAUGCAGCAACGGCGUUCGAAUGUUGUAAAAUUUUUCUUCUUUUUUGUUACUUAAAUAGCAUAAGUUAUAUAAGAA